AUGGGGAAAGCUGGUAGUUGGUUCAAAGGCAAUAUCCCUGUGUAUGAUGACAGCAGCCACUGUUCACAGCCUUUCCUGAGGACUUUCUCUGGUCACUUUGUAACGGUGACUGAUGAGCCAAUAGAUUAUCUGGAUCUGUCUGCAUUGGACAACAUGAGGGAUGACCUGGGGUCUGGCUCAGAGGAUGAGCCAGUGAGAAAGCACGGCCACCAUGGCCCGCACCACCCAACCAAGAAGCAUUAUUCUGUCUCAGUCGAAGCCAAAAGCUUUCUCAAAGGUCAUCUGGCAACUGCAAUUAUCCCAACUGUUUACAUCUUCGUCUUUAUCAUCAGUGUGCCACUCAACCUCAUUGCUGUUGUGAUGUUUGUGCGUCGGAUCCAACCAAGGAAGCCAGCAGUGAUUUACAUGCUUAACUUGGCCUGUGCUGACCUUCUGUUUGCCCUGCUCCUCCCAUUCAAGAUCGCCUACCAUUAUCAUGGCAACAACUGGAUCUAUGGGUCCCUCAUGUGUAGAGUGGUCACGGCAGCCUUCUACUGCAACAUGUACUGCUCUGUCCUCCUCAUGAUGUGUAUCAGUAUAGACCGUUUCAUGGCCGUGGUGUACCCUAUAGACUCCCUGACGUGGCGCAGCCCUCAGACGGCCUCUGCUAUAUGUGUUACCAUGUGGCUGUUGGCACUGGGGGGGGUGAUCCCUCUCCUGUCCUCAGGACAGACCCUCCACCUGCCAGAUCUGGGCAUCACCACCUGUCACGAUGUGCAGGAUGUGGACACACAGAAGGCCUACUACAUUUACUUCUUUCCCAUCUACUCCUCUAUUUUCUUCUUCAUCCCACUUGUCUUCACUGCUGCCUGCUACAUACGCAUUGUCCAAGCCCUGGCUGCAGUCAACAUACAGAACCGUGCCAAGAAGACUCGAGCGGUUGUGAUGGCGGUGGUUGUACUGGUAGUGUUUGUGGCCUGCUUCACUCCCACUAAUAUUAUACUGAUUGUUCACUAUGUGAAGUUGGUUCAUAGAGGUAAUGACAGUUCCUACCAGGCCUACCUUCUCUCCAUAUGCAUUGGUAGCAUUAGCUGCUGCCUGGACCCAGUCAUAUAUUACUUCGGCUCAUCCCAGUGUCAGAAGCAAGUGGCAGCUCUGCUGGGAUGCAGACCUCUGUCGGGGUCAGACAGCAGCUCACAGACUGGCAGUACCAGAACCAGCGGAUGGAAAGAUAGCACCAGGUCGACCAAGAUGGAGAGCUUUCAGAAUGUUGUAAGGAGCCAUUACAGCAAGCUAAUGGCUUAAGUAUAGAGACAUGAUGACCCUGGCCCAAAAUGAGACUAAUAUAGGCUUCGGGCCCUUCUCCAUACUGGCAAACCUACAGAAAAGAAAAAAAAAGCAUCUGAAUUGAAUUGCAUUUGAGUUCAUUCCUAUAAAGUAUAUAAGAUUGCUGAAAAUAUACUUGCUACACUAAUACCCUAAAUCAGGUUAUGUGUGCUAUUAUUUGAAAAAAGUUUUUUUUUCGUAUGGUAGACUGAAGGUUGACUUACUCCAGCGCUAGGUGAUCUGGAAAUAUUUGCACUUGUGAAUUAACUUUGUGUUUUCAUUGUUGUUUACAUAAAGAGUUCGUUGGAUUUAGUGUUGUUCUGUUGUCAUGCUAUCUGCUAUCCAUGGACUCA